UGGGCCAACUGCAACGGGAAGAGCCUCCUGCACGCUCCAAGUUCCCUUCCAAGCAACAUCACCAGUUUGGAUCUCUCCUUCAACUCCUUGGUCAUGCCCCGUCACAGGACUCUCUUGAUGCAUUUCCCUUCCCUGCGGUCCCUCAACCUCUCUAGCAAUGCCUUGCGGGCGCUGAGCCCAGCAGUCUUCUCCAACCUCGGGGCACUGCGUCUGCUGGACCUGAGCAGCUGCAGCAUCGCCUACCUCCACACGGACGCUUUCAAGGGCUUGGGAAACUUGCACACGCUGCUCCUAAGAAACAACAGUCUGCAAGAGCUUGAGGUCCCUUUCUUCCUGCCACUGAAGGCUCUUUUCCACCUGGACCUGCAGGAGAACGCACUGGUCUCUGUGGACACUUUGAGCCUGCAGCUGAUGGAGUCAGUCCCACAGGUUCGGCUGGAAGGGAACCCCUGGGUCUGCGACUGCUCCGCACACCCUCUGCAGCAGUGGCUGCAGCGCAGGGAAGCUGUGCAGGUGACCUGCGCAUCGCCCCCGGGGCUGCGGGGUCGGGAGGUUGCAGCUCUGGAUUCCCAGGACCUGGGCUGCCGGAUGAAGCAGCGGUUUCCUCGGGGGGUCAGCACGGCGCAGCAGAUCACGGUGACCCACAGCAACAGUAAGUUGUGCAGCUACAGAGGCAUCCAUAAGGUCUGGCUCCCUCCUGCCCUCUGUUACCUGAGAGGGGACCACAGCUGGCCCUCCCUGGUAGGCUUCCUGGUGGCAGCAAUUGGCAUCUCCAUCCUGAUCACACUGGCUGCGAAAUGCAAGCUCUUCCACAAGAACUUUGCCAGCUACCACCACCGGCCCCUGCCCGAAACCAGCUCAAUCGGAGGCAACCCCAUGGAGGAUGGCAGCGGCUGGGACAGGGACUCCUCAGGCCGAGGGGGCUGUGACAGCCACCCCAUGCCCAGUGCUGACAACGUGCAAGCUGAGGAUGACGACGGCUUCAUCGAGGACAACUACAUCCAGUCAAGCGAGCAGCUGCCGGAGGAAGAGGAGUGGGAGUCGCACCUCUCCAUCUGA